GCAGAUUUCACAGGACAAAAGAAAAAUGAAGAACCAAUCAAUGGACAUAGUGUUCACUCUGCUUGGACUGACAAAUGACCCUCUACUACAGAUUGUGAUUUUUCUGUUUCUAUUUUGUAAUUAUAUCCUGAGCCUGAUGGGGAACUUAACCAUCAUUCUCCUCACCCUGCUGGAUCCACGGCUCAAGACUCCAAUGUAUUUCUUCCUCCAAAAUUUCUCCUUCUUAGAAAUUUCAUUCACAACUGUUUGCAUUCCACGAUUCUUGACAAGCAUUCUGACUGGAGACAAGACAAUUUCCUACAAUGCUUGUGCAACUCAAUUAUUCUUCUUCCUUUUAUUAGGAGUUACUGAGUUUUACCUCCUGGCUGCCAUGUCCUAUGAUCGCUACAUUGCCAUCUGCAAACCACUGCAUUAUCCAAUCAUUAUGAGCAGCAAAGUGUGCUACGAACUUGUAUUCAUCUCUUGGGUAACUGGAUUCCUAAUCAUCUUUCCCCCUUUGGUCUUGGGACUCAAGCUGGAUUUCUGUGCUUCCAAAACUAUUGAUCACUUCUUAUGUGACACUUCUCCUAUUCUACAGAUUUCUUGCUCAGAUACACGUUUUAUAGAAUUAAUGGCUUUUAUCUUAGCUGUGCUGACACUCAUCAUCACGUUGUUGUUAGUGAUCUUCUCCUACACAUACAUCAUCAAAACCAUUCUAAAAUUCCCUUCUGUUCAACAGCAAACCAAGGCUUUAUCCACUUGUUCUUCACACAUGAUUGUUGUCUCUAUUACUUAUGGGAGUUGUAUCUUUAUGUAUAUGAAACCAUCAGCAAAAGAAAGGGUGACUUUGACUAAAGGAGUAGCUGUGCUCAAUACCUCUGUUGCCCCUUUACUCAAUCCCUUCAUUUAUACUCUAAGGAACCAGCAGGUGAAAGAAGCUCUCAAGGAUAUGCUUCAAAGAUUUUGUUAUUUUCUAAACAAGACAAAAUUUGGAUAUAAAUAAUAUACUGUUGGAACAUGAAUGGGAAA